UUAUUUUAGUUUCCAUCCACUACGAUUAUUCUAAAAAACAAACGACCCAAGUUCAAAGCAAAUUACAGAAAUCAUUAAACGCCGACAUGUGAUUAGGGGUCAUCAAAUAAUUCAAAGCCUUUUUUUAAAAAAAUUAUUGUUCUCUCUCUCUUUCUCUCCCAAAUUUAUUUGAAUUUGAUUAUUUUCUUUGUAUUGAUUUCUCGAUAGUAAUUUCCUCCUACACGCCUCUCUCCGUACGGUGUCUCCGGUGAAUCGGAUUUCAUCAUCGCCGAACCCAAAAGAGUGUCUAAUCAUCGGAAUCGUUCGAUUCAAUUUCUUCCCAAAUUCUUUGAAUUGAUUGACGAGGAGGAGAUUUGUAUUUGAUCUGUUAUCUCAGAUUCCAGGCAAGGAAUCUACUCAUAAAUGUGUUGAUCAACUAAUUGUUCUGAAAGGAUCACUCUGAACCUCGAGCUAGCUGGACAUAUGCCUUGAUCUAGUAUGAACGAAAGUUUCUCUGGAACGCCGAGAAGCAUGACCCUCCAUAGAAAUAGGAUGAAAAGAGGAGCCCUUAGACGAAGGGCUAGGGAUAUCUCUGUUAUGCUUGUUGUGCUUGUUUGUGCAACCGUCGUCAUAUGGACAUGGGAUAAAACUCCAACCUCGGCCUUUCUUCCUCCUGAAAGUCACUAUCUAAAGCUGCAAUCAGAAGAAAAGGUUGAGAGACUACCUACUGCACUGAAUACUGAAACUAAAGACAUCUAUUCAUUAGCUACUCCAUUUGUAAACAAAGAGGGAAGCAAAGUGGAUUCACCUGAUAAUAAAGAUACAGAAGAAGAAGAAGAGAAACAAGUGGAAGAAGCUACUGUAAGUGAUAUGAAUCAAGGAAAGACACCAACUAUUGGAGAGAAAAAAGUAGAACAAGUGGAACAUGAAGUUAUUGCAAGUGAGCCAAAAUAUCGGAAGACGCCAACUAGAGAGGAAAUUAAAUUAGAAAAGGUGAAACAUGAGGUUGCUAUUGGUGAUGGCGAAGCUAAGAAGACAACACAUAUUAAAGAGACUAAUUCAGAUCCAGAGAGUAAUAUUCUUGCAACAGAUGAAGAGAGGACUGAUGGUAGUACUUCAACAGCUCGCAUCACGAAUCAAGCUUGCAAUUAUGCGAAAGGGAAAUGGGUUGUGGACAAUCACCGUCCUUUGUAUUCAGGAUCUCAAUGCAAACAGUGGCUUGCUUCAAUGUGGGCGUGCAGGUUGAUGCAACGUACAGACUUUGCCUUUGAAAGUUUAAGAUGGCAACCUAAAGAUUGCUCUAUGGAAGAAUUUGAGGGUUCCAAGUUCCUGAGAAGGAUGAAGAACAAAACCCUAGCCUUUGUUGGAGACUCGUUGGGAAGACAACAGUUUCAAUCUAUGAUGUGUAUGAUCACGGGAGGCAAAGAGAGGCUCGAUGUCCUUGAUGUGGGACCAGAAUUUGGGUUCAUAACUUCCGAAGGUGGAGCUCGUCCUGGUGGCUGGGCUUACAGGUUCCCAGAAACUAACACAACGGUCCUAUACCACUGGUCAUCUACACUCUGCGACAUAGAACCGCUCAACAUCACUGACCCCGCAACUGAAAAUGCUAUGCAUCUCGAUCGCCCACCAGCGUUUUUACGCCAAUACCUUCAUAAGAUCAACGUCUUGGUAAUGAACACAGGUCACCAUUGGAACCGAGGGAAGCUCAACGGUAACAGAUGGGUGAUGCAUGUUAAUGGCGUUCCCAACACUAACAAGAAGCUAGCCGCUCUUGGGAACGCCAAGAAUUUCACAAUCCACAGCACAGUUAGUUGGGUUAACUCACAACUCCCUCUCCAUCCCGGUCUCAAGGCAUUCUACAGAAGCCUUUCACCGAGACAUUUCGUGGGCGGGGAAUGGAACACCGGAGGGAGCUGCAAUAACACAACCCCAAUGUCUAUCGGGAAAGAAGUUUUGCAAGAGGAGUCAAGCGAUUACAGUGCGGGUCGUGCAGUGAAAGGUACAGGGGUUAAGCUUUUGGACAUAACAGCCUUAUCUCAUAUUAGAGACGAAGGUCACAUAUCACGGUUCAGUAUCUCGGCUGCUCCGGGAGUUCAAGAUUGCCUCCAUUGGUGCUUGCCCGGUGUUCCUGAUACAUGGAACGAAAUCCUUUUUGCAAUGAUCUAAGUUUUCAAGUUACAGAGAAAGGGCUUGAGGCAAAUCAAAGCCGGCCUUUGAUAGCGUUCUACAACACACAUUUAAGUUUUAGCGGCCGCCUGAGGUGUAAGUUAGUAUUUAUUCUGGUACAAAACCAAAGCUCUGGGUAUCACAGACGUAUUGUCGUUAGCAUAACCAAUUAACCAUACCGGGGUUUGGUUUCGACCAUAUUUUACAGAACAGAUUCUAACUCUUGAAAUUUGUCUUUGAUCGAUUAAAAGAAAAUUUGAGAGUUAAUUCUGAAAUGUUCAUGUGUUA